AUGGACACGAACAGUUACUUCCGCCACCAACGCAGGAAACUGAGCAGGGAUCAAGGAGUCAAGGGUACCCUUGAAGGAACAGUCGAAGGAACAGUUGAAGGAACAGUUGAAGAAACAGUUGAAGGAACAGUUGAAGGAACAGUUGAAGAAACAGUUGAAGGAUCAGUUGAAGGAAUAGUUAAAGGAACAGAACAGUUGAAGGAUCAGUUGAAGGAUCAGUUGAAGGAACAGUUGAAGGAACAGUUGAAGGAACAGUUGAAGGAACAGUUGAAGAAACAGUUGAAGGAACAGUUGAAGGAACAGUUGAAGGAACAGUUGAAGGACCAGUUUAAGGAUCAGUUUAAGGAACAGUUGAAGAAUCAGUUGAAUGAACAGUUGAAGGAACAGUUGAAGGGACAGUUGAAGGAUCAGUUUAAGGAAUAG